CAACAACUCCACUACAUCCUCAUUUGAGUCAUUUCCCCUUCUUUCUCUUCCCUUCUCUCUCUCUGUAACCCUCAUCUUGAAGCUCUCUCCCUUUCUCUCUCUGUGUUCCUAGGAUGGCAGAGGCUGCAGAAAGAGAGCUACAAUAUCAAACCAGACCAAUCUACACCUCCAACACUAGUAGUGCUCCUGCUUCUGCUGCUACUAGUCCUACCACCACGCGCUUAAAACUCUUUGGCUUCAGUGUCGACCAGCCCCAAGAAGACGUCGACGAAGCCGUUGUGCUCGACUCCAACAAGACCACUCCUUCCGGAUCGCCGGAAUCCGGCGCGUUUUCCACCGCCGGCGACCGGAAGUACGAGUGUCAGUACUGCUGCCGAGAAUUCGCCAACUCGCAAGCGCUCGGCGGCCACCAGAACGCGCACAAGAAGGAGAGGCAGCAGAUCAAGCGGGCCCAGCUUCAGGCCAGCCGUAACGCUGCCGUUUCGUACGCGCGCAACCCUAUAAUAUCCGCCUUCGCGCCGCCGCAUCACCUGUUGGCGCCGACGGGGUCGGUGAUGGUUCCGGCGGCGUCUCCUGCAUCCCCCUCGUGGGUGUACGUGCCUCGCUCUGCAACGCAGUUCCAGGUGUCCCACGGGUGUGUGUUUCCGGCAGCCUCGGGGAAUGGGAGGGUUGGAGGAAGUUAUGCCUACGGCGGAAGCGGCGGAGCGGAGUCGGCAUUGACGAUGAUGGGGCAGCAAGUGCAGCAGGGCCACCGGGCCCAUGGAAGAGCGGAUGGGCCUUCGUUGAGUAGGUUCACGGGGGAUGGUGGGCCUAGUUUUGAUGAUGGGCUGGGCUUGGAUUUGCAACUUAGCCUCUGACUCCCCGCUCCUCCGGCAUGAGAAGUGACAUCGUCUCCAUUUUAGAUUCAGCUGGGCACGUAAUGUUUAUUUCAGUAUUGAGAUCUUGUACAUUUUCCAAUUUUAUUUAUUUAUUUCAUUUUUAAGAAAACAUUUUUGAAUUUGGAGUAGCUUACCCUCUUCUACUGUCA